AGGAUCUCCAAGGCAAUUGUCUUCUUAUAAAAUUGAUGAUGUCAAAGUUACAGAUGACAAAUCAGAGAAGGAACUGAAUGAUAAUGGUGAAUAUCUGAUUAGACCAUAUCUGGAACCUCUUGAAAAGAUACGAUUCAAAUAUAACUGUGAACAAGUUGUGGGUCUGGACAAACAUGAUGGUAUAUUUUUUAUCGGGGAACUCUGUUUGUAUGUAAUUGAGAACUUUUACAUUGAUUAUUCUGGAUGCAUUUGUGAAAAGGAAUGCGAAGAUGAACUCUGUUAUUGAUCAGGCUUUGGGUGUAAAGAAGGAUGUUAGUGGCAGUACGGAUUUCCAGUCCAACUCAACUUCAUCCUCGGACACAGUGGUAAAGAUGUGCAUUUGGGGGAAGAACAUGGGCCUAUAGUGGCGGUGCAUGGGGCAAGGAGAAAGCAUGGACUAAUGUUAAUUUACCUCAUCCUUGGAACAUGUGGAAGCUUAUUAGUGUUCAUGAGAAUUUGAAACGGGAUUACCAGCUUCAUCCCGUUGCUAUUGAGAUAUUUAGCAUGGAUGGGUGUAAUGAUCUUUUGGUGUUCCACAAAAAAGAGAGAGAAUAAGUGUUCAGAAAUCUGGUUGUCAACAAUCUUCCAAGGAAUAGCAUGUUGGACACUAAAAUUUCAGGGUCGACUAAACAAGAAAGCAAUGAGGGUAGUCGUUUGUUCAAGUUAAUGGCUAAAUCCUUCUCAAAAAGGUGGCAAAAUGGAGAAAUUAGCAAUUUCCAAUACCUCAUGCAUCUCAACACCUGGUCAGGGAUACUGUGAUCUCACCCAAUAUCCAGUGUUUGCAUGGGUUCUGGCAGAUUAUGAGAGUGAAACUCUGGAUUUAUCCAAUCCUAAAACGUUUCGUAAGCUUGACAAACCAAUGGGAUGUCAGACACCAGAGGGGGAAGGGGAAUUUAAGAAAGGAUAUGAGAGCUGGGAUGAUCCAGAAGUUCCAAAAUUUCAUUAUGGUUCUCAUUAUUCUAGUGCAGGAAUUGUCCUAUUCUAUCUUCUACGCCUGCCGCCAUUUAUUAUGGAGAAUCAGAAGCUGCAGGGUGGGCAAUUUGAUCAUGCUGAUCGUCUUUUCAAUAGUGUUAGGGACACUUGGUUGAGUGCAUCUAGGAAGGGCAACACAUCUGAUGUGAAGGAAGUUAUUCCAGAAUUCUUCUACGUGCCAAAAUUUCUUGAAAAUAGGUUCAACCUUGACUUGGGAGAGAAAAAAUAGGA